AUGCCGUUCAUGCACGGUCCUAUGCCGCUAAGGCGGACAUUCUAUUACUUGAAGCAAGGAAAAAUUCGAUUCCGUGACAAUGUCCAGGUUUUCUCUAUUGGUUUCAAUAGAAUACCAGAGGAGGAGCAAAGGGGCGCGCGCGAUUUCGUUUUCUGGCAUUGGGCACAAUUACAGUAUCACAAUCCCAAAGUGCAACUCGUGAAGCAUGUCGAUACAGUUAUCACACCUUUUGCCCGAGCUUAUUUGAAGGAUGGAAGAGAGGUUUUAUUCGAUUUGGAAAGUCUUUCCAGAGAAGACAUUGAAGCACAGUUAGCCAAUACUCUCGGUAAAACAGAAAUCGUGAAAAAGCGUGAGGAGUUGGAACAGAUAGUCAAAUUGAAUCCUGCUGAUUUUGGCUCCAAAUGCAAACGACAGUGUAUGUGUGAGGUACAAGGACAACAUCCGUGUACUGGUCUCCUUCACGCUCCCAAGUUUAUGACAGGAAAAUGGCGAUGGAAUCAUAACCUCAUUUAA